UGGAGUGGCUGGCUGGGCAAUCAAUCGUCUGUCAUACCUCCGAAUUGGGGUUUAGCGAUGAUGAUGGCGACGAUUAUCGCUCCCACCAAUUCCAUCUCUGUCCCUCAAGAGCUCGCGCUGCAACCCAACCGCCUCCAUCUCACCGCCCCUUCGUCUUAUUAUCCGCUCCCCAGGCAACGCCUCAACCCUACUCUCGCUACUAAGGGCUCUGCUAAAGCUAUUGCCGAGGACAAGGAGAUUGGUCCCGCCGAGACACAGUCCAAGCCUUCGAUUUCAACCAGAAUUAAGGAGUUCAAAGACGAAAUUUUUACGAAUCCCGACAGAUUAGUCAAUGCUGCUAUUGUUCUCGGGGCUGGUUCGCUUGCCAUCACCAAGUUGCUCACCAUUGAUCGCGAUUAUUGGCAGGGAUGGACCUUCUAUGAGGUGUUAAGGUAUGCUCCAGAGCACAGCUGGAAUGCUUAUGAAGAAGCUCUUAAAUCACAUCCUGUGUUGUCGAAAAUGGUGAUAAGUGGUAGUGUGUACUCACUAGGAGAUUGGAUUGCUCAAUGUUAUGAAGGGAAGCCCCUAUUUGAGUUUGAUCGCUCCCGUGUGUUUAGGUCUGGCCUCGUGGGGUUUGCACUGCACGGAUCGCUUUCUCAUUAUUAUUACCAAUUAUCCGAGGCCUUAAUUCCUUCGGGAGAAUGGUGGGUUGUACCUGUUAAGGUGACUUUGGACCAAACUGUGUGGUCGGGGGUGUGGAAUAGCAUCUACUUUGGGGUUCUUGGAUUCUUGCGUCUUGAAUCCCCGGCCAAUAUAUUUGAUGAACUAAAAUCAACAUUUUGGCCCAUGUUGACGGCAGGUUGGAAGCUUUGGCCUUUUGCACAUCUAAUCACGUAUGGAGUGAUUCCUGUGGAGCAAAGGCUUCUAUGGGUGGAUUGUGUGGAGUUAAUAUGGGUUACCAUACUCUCAACGUACUCUAAUGAGAAAACUGAAGUGAGGAUAUCUGAUGCAUCCGAAGCUGAACUCCAUUCAUCAUCAGAGAAGUCCCUUGAGGAGUAAACAAAUGGACCGACGUGGUUGCAUUUGAGAUGAUUUUAUACAUAGCGGCUACCGAAUGCAUAUUCAUAUAAAAGCAUCGAUUGACUAGCCUAUUAAUUAGCUCAGCUCAGCAUCCCAGCUAAAGGCAAGAAGGAAGGCCCUCUGAUUUGAUUUGGGGUUCGGCAUUUACAUUGGCAUUGGCUAUUUGUUCUACAAUCUUGUAAAACCUGUCAUUACUGACCAACCCCCAAGCCUGAAGCGCCUGUUGGAUGGCAUGGCUAUUACAAUGCCAAAAUAAGCCCUGCAUACAUGUUUGUAUGUAUGUAUCUUGUCCUACUGCCAUUAUCUUGUGUAUCUUGUCCUACUGCCAUUAUCUUGUGUAUCUUGUACUACUAUUGAUUCUUAAAUUUUAAAUAAAUUAUUUGUAUCCGUAGAAUUCAGAAA